GUUAAAAAGCAAAAAUUAUGAUAGCACAGCUUGUAAUGGAUAAUUCUUUAGGUGUGCCUCUAGAAAUUCCCGUAAUUAACUUAUUUUUUAAUAUUUUAUUGCUGUGUUUUAAUUAAAAUGUCCGUUAGUAGCGACUCUGAGGAAUUUUUCGAUGCUGAAGACUUAACCCCUUCUAGAACUCUAAGGCGAGCCAAAUGGAGCAGCAGUACAUUAGUGAGUUCAAAGAGUGAUCUGGACCUGAGAGUCUCGUUUAAAGAGGAGGUGGAACAAGACAAACUACCGUCCCCCUCCAGGCAGGUGCAGCACUCCAAAGAUGUUAUGGGUGUGGAGAGAGUUCACCAGGGCCGCAGGAGGUUUCGAGAGCUGCGGCAGCGGAUGCAGACGGAUGAUGAGGAGGGAGGAGGCAACACCUCACCACCGGACAGCCAAACAUCGUCGGUGGAAGGGGUGUUUGCGGGACCCCACAGUCACCCCUUCCGUAUCAUUGAGCACGAUGCACUCAGCCUCCAGAGUAUGACAAGCUUGGGCAGAGUGGGGCGGCUGCUCAGUGGCGGCAACAUGCCAGACCCAGGCAUGCCAACAUUGACAGCCAAUUCGUCCCCUAGUGGGUCCACCAGCACACUGCGUAGCCAGGGUGAGCCCGAGCCCCCUGCCCCCUUGCCACUCCCCCCCACACUGGCAGAGCCCGAUGUCAUAGCCAGUACCAAGCCCAGCUCUGUCAGCCAACCUGCCACAGUCAGCAGCACUGCCCCUGUCGACACAGGACCUGUUGCUCCUCCACGCCGGAAGAAGAAGAGUAAACCUGUUGAACCGCCCACUGCCUUGCCUGUCACAUCUGAUUCUAUAACCAUUCCACCAAAGAAAGUUGCAGAGGAGGAGACCAGUAGUACCAACAGCAACUGUCAGCUGUACAGUCAAUCGUUACCCAGUCCCGCCACUACCAUCGAGUCUCUCACUCGUGAGUUUGAGCAUUCCCUAGACAUCCACUCUGCCACUAAGGGCCAGUACGUCGUCAAGCCACAGCAAAAUAGAGAGCCAAGGGGGUGUAUGGGCCGCAACUCUAGUACAUAUCCGAUGGGCUCUCUGCAGGCAGCAAGAGCUGCUAGUCCACGCAAUACACGGGAGCGACGGCGGUCGGCUGGCGACGAGCAGGGACUCGCACAUCAGCUCAACAUGUUUGUCCGCACCAGAACCGACUCAGGCAAACAGCUCAGCGAUGCAGAGAUACUGGAGCAGGUGACAGUGCUGAACCUGGACACAGGAGAGCGAGUACCACUGAGUAUAGCAGAGGACAAGUUGCCGCAGUGUAUCAACCCUCUGUCUCUUCACAUUAUGAGGUUAACAAGCGAGUAUGUCAGCAACUCCAGCCUGGACAAGGAGAAGGAAAGUGAUGAGGAGAGUGUUGACAGCAAGAAGAGUUGUGCUCAGGCUGAAGAGCCGGGUCGGGUAAGGAGAAAAACAGCACAGCUGAAGAGGCUGAUCGGGUCGACUGUGAUGAAGACUGUGCACAAAGCCAAAACAAUCGCACACGAGGUGUCCAGACACCGGGAGGAGGGGUUGGAGGUGGUAGACGAGAUGUGUGUCGCUGGUGAGCAGUAUAUCAAGCUCAAAGCUUCAAAUAGCCACAAGGGGCCUUACGAAUUUGACUGUCUUCAACAUGUACAGGAUUUAGAACACGUGGGACCAGUCUGGUGUAUGAAGUUUUCCCAGUGUGGUAGGCUGCUGGCCACUGCGGGACAGGACAAGGUGUUGCGAGUCUGGGUCGUCAGAGAUGCCUACACCUACUUCCAGGACAUGAGGACCAAGUACAACGCAGAGAAGGUGUCGCCGACGCCUUCGCAAGAGUCUCUGGUGUCACAACAGUCAAUGGAGGAUCCAACGCUAAUGGCAGAUCUGGCCAAUGAGAGAGCACCAUUCAUGCCCCGUCCCUUCUGCACCUAUACUGGCCACAACUCUGAUCUUCUCGAUGUCUCUUGGUCAAAGAAUUACUUUGUGUUAUCUUCUUCGAUGGACAAGACUGUGCGCCUAUGGCACAUCUCGCGCAAGGAGUGUCUCUGCUGUUUCCAGCACAUAGAGUUUGUGACGGCUAUCGCGUUUCACCCGCGUGAUGACCGCUACUUCCUCAGUGGCUCUCUGGAUGGCAAGCUGCGGUUGUGGAAUAUCCCAGACAAGAAGGUGGAGGUGUGGAAUGAAAUCGAGGGUCAGAGCAAGCUGAUCACUGCCGCCAACUUCUGCCAGAAUGGCAAGUUUGCUGUGGUGGGGUCAUACGAUGGGCGGUGCAUAUUCUACACAAUGGACCAAUUUAAGUACCACACCCAGAUACAUGUGAGGUCAACGAGAGGGAAGAAUUCAACUGGCCGAAAGAUAAGUGGCAUCGAACCAAUGCCUGGGGAAGAAAAAAUAUUGGUUACAUCGAAUGACAGUCGUAUCCGUCUUUACGACUUGAGAGACCUGAACGUUUCCUGCAAGUACAAGGGCUACGCGAACUUCAGCUCCCAGAUCAAGGCCUCGUUCAGCCAUGAUGGCAAGUACAUCAUCAGUGGCUCGGAGAACCAGUGCAUCUACAUCUGGAAAACACAUCACGAUUAUUCAAAGUUCUCCUCAGUCCGACGAGACCGAAACGAUUUCUGGGAAGGGAUCAAGGUGCAUAAUGCUGUGGUGACAUGUGCUGUAUUUGCUCCAAACCCGGACGUAAUCAUUCGGCAGUUGGAAGGAUCCGAGGCUCAAGGGUACGUCUUGGUCAGUGCAGACUUCAACGGCAGUAUCAAGGUGUUCUUCAACAAGACUAGGCCCAAGCACAGUUCCCUCCCCGCCUCCGCCCUCGCAUAACAGCAUCAAGCUGGUCUCAUAGAGGUUGUUCCGUUCGAAAGUUAACUGCAAUGUCUAAAUUUAAGUUUAAUAGAUAAACUUGAUAGACUGAAAUCGUUUUAACUUUCAGGGGCCGGUUUUCUAUAUGUAUUUGACGGCUUGUCUUGAAUAUCGUUUGUGACAAUAAUAAAGCACGUAACUAAUAUUUUAAAAGCAAUUAUAACAAUAUGUUUAUGCAGCAAGGAUUUAAAAUGUCAAUCAUAAGACUUUUAGAUGUAUCUUUAACUUUUGUUUAUACAUACUUCAAAGAAUGAUUGUUUUGUUUGUCUGCUGUAACAUAUCUAGGAGUUUUAUUUUUUUAUAUGUAAAACUCUCCAAGUUUGAUGUAUAUAUUGUAUAGUUCCUGUAUUACAAAAAAAGAAAUAUAUAUAUAUACACCUUUCA